CCCACACCCUUCACCUUACAGCUUCGUCAAGGGUACUUUGGUCGCACGACAUGGAUCUCCCCCCAAACGAGAAUCGUGGGCCCGCAGCAAUUGCUGUCUUCUGGACUCUUACCGGUAUUGCGGGACUGUUUGUGGGGGGGCGAUUCUAUGCGCGAUGGAUUAUUCGCGGGAUAGGUGUUGAUGACUGGAUGAUACUGUUUACUAUGCUACUCUUCGUAAUCACCAGCAGCAUGGUCACCAACAUCGCGCGGCACGAGGGCUUCAGACACCUCAUAUACGUGCCGAUAGAAAACGCGGUGCCCGUCGCGCGCAGUAUGCUACUCGCCCAAGUGUUCAACAUCUGCGCGUUCGGGACCAGCAAAUUCGCCGUGGGGUACCAGCUCCUGCGCGUUCUGCAACGGACGUCCCACUGGCGCAAGGCUUUCAUCUGGACGCUGAUCACACUUACUCUGAUCUAUAAUGUCAUCGAGGCCGUGCUUACUAUGUUUCAAUGUACUCCUGCGAAGGCGGCUUGGGAUCCUAUGGUGAAGGGGAAGUGCUGGAGCAUGAACACGAAACUUGCGAAUAUCUACGCAGGUGGAGUGUAUAAUGUCGUCACGGAUGUUAUUCUGGCAGUCAUGCCGCUUCCUGUCGUAUGGAAGCUCAACAUCGGCAAGCAAGAUCGAAUUAGACUAUGCUUGCUGCUGAGCCUCGCCUACCCCUAUAUCCCCUCCCGCAACCACCGUCUAUCCAAGCAUGCCUUUACUGACCGCAAUCCUUUUAGCGCUGCAAUCUGCGGCUCCAUCAAACUCAGCUACGCCCACACCCUCCGUAACAUCCAAGACCUCACCUGGGGGACCUACGAACUCGACGUCUGGUCCGGCGCCGAGCUCUUCGUCAUCGUUGUCUGCUGCAGCAUCCCGCCGCUCAACGUCUUCUGGCAGCGCAUCAAGCGCGGCAGCCUCUACUCGCGCGGCAGCGCCAUUCUGUCUGGAAGCAGCCAGAACAGCAGCGGCGGCGGCAACCCAAAGUCGAAGCGGCACUCCGCGUAUGUGCAGGUUACGGGGCCAUCGAAUGCGGAGAAGGCAACGGAUGAGGAGGCCAAGGUCAGCAUGGGAUCGAGCAGUCGUUCUCGUUCUACUACUGAGAAUAGCGCGUCUGAGUUGGAGAGGGGUAAUUUGGGCAGGAGUUUGGGGAGGAUUGAGGCGGUUACUGAGAUUACGAUUUCGAGCAAGCCGAGCAAUGGGAGUAUGAGAUAG